CAUACUUUCUACUGCGAACGGCCACCAAGUGUGCGGACACGCGUUUUGUUUAUUUCCUUGCUUGUCGCCCAUCAUGUCGGAUCGAGAGUUUAUGUCGAACGACGACUUGUCGCUUCCUAAAGCGACGGUCCAGAAGAUCAUCACCGAGAUCCUACCUCCAUCCUCCGGCCAGACGUUUUCCAAAGACGCCCGCGACCUGCUCAUGGAAUGCUGCGUUGAAUUUAUCACCCUGAUCUCCUCCGAAGCCAACGACAUCAGCGAGAAAGAAGCCAAGAAGACGAUCGCCUGCGAACAUGUCGAGCGCGCCCUGCGUGAUCUCGGGUUCGGCGACUACAUUCCCGAUGUUCUUGCUAUCGCGGAGGAACACAAAGAGCAGCUGAAGAAUCGUGAGAAGAAGCAAAGCAAAAUGGAACAGAGCGGAUUGUCCGAGGAGGAGCUACUCCGACAGCAACAGGAGCUGUUCCGUUCCGCCACGGAGAAAUAUCACGCCGCUCCAGAGUGAAG